UCAGAUUGUUAAAAGGAUUUCUGAAGGAUUGUGUGACUGGAGUAAUGAUGCAAAAAAGUGAAUAUUAUGUUGUGGGAUAAUUAAAUAUAUUCUAAAUAAACUACAAACAUAAAAUUAUAUACAUUUAUUUUGUCCUCACAUUCUCUCUUGUAACUCUUCCCACAAACCUGACUGAAAGGCUCAUUAUGAGUAAUUUAUGGGCUAUUAUACUAUUUUCAAAUAUACGUGCAAAAAGGAGAGCUGUGUUUCUUACACAACGUUGUUGCAUGUUUUCCAGAAGAUCAGUAGCUGUCAUAUGGACCAUUGGACCAAAAAAAGUCAUAGGGACCAUUUUCUUUGUGGAGCUAUGUGGAGCAAAGUUUGAAUACUUCAGUCAACCUUGUGAUUUCAUGAUCACCACAGUCUUCAAAUUGAUCAUUUUGUACUCUUCGGAAUAAAGUCAUGUAGGUUUGGAACAACAAUAAAGUGAGUACAUGACUAGACUUGCUUUUUGUGUGAACUACACCUUUAAAAUAAUGGCAUACUCUUAAUCUGGGUUGGAACAUUCUAAUAGACAGAGGUCUAAUCAAGGUCAUCAGUUUCCAAACAAUAACCAUUACAAGAGUCCUGGAGCAAAAGGCAGAAGGGAAGACACGCUCUCUUGAGCUCAGCCAAUCCAUCACAGGAAGAACAACCAAGACAAAUAUCAUUAACCAUCCAAUGUCCCUUAAAUAUUAUAUUACAGACGGUUAAAAUAGAAUGGGGGUAUUGUGGAAAGGAAAUAGAGGCAUGGAGCAGAGAGCAGAAAACAAGAACAUAUGAAAUGAUGAGAGCAGAUGAAACGGAAGACAAGAUAACGGUUAAAUGAUAAACCUCUAAAUCUUGCUGCAUGUGUUUUCUAGCAGCGGUUCACGGUUGGAAAAUAUGUGAACGAUAUGGGACAGAGAGCUCAGGUUACUGUGGUGGCUGUAAUCUCUUUUAGAAUUAAUUCCUGGAAAUUGAAAUGGAAUUGAAAGUAAGUGUCUGGUCACCCCUCCUCACUCAAGGUCACAAGUGUUAGCUGAAAUGACAGCAUUUCCACCUGCCUUAGGCUGAUUGAUUCAGAGCAUGAGAGAAAUAAUGAAAAAAAAUCUAAAGGUUUGGUCAACAAAGGUGGAUAGAGCAUGCGUUUCAGACAGUGUGUCCACUUACUAUGGAUAUCUAUAUCUAUCUAUCUAUCUACAAACAAAUCAGGUGCAAUAUUACUGGUUGCUUAAACUGCACAUAUGUGUAACAUUCAAGUGUGUCUCUAGGGCGCUGCCUGAUUUAUGGAAAUCAACCAAUGAAAUCAGGUCAUAUUUUUUUGCACAGCUUUAUUUUUAAAUCGUGGGUUAAAUGUAGCGGAAUGCCACAAAUAAAUUAACUAAAAUUUUGCCACAUUUUCCCAAUUUCUGUACAUAUGCUCUGAAAGAAUACUGUACAGUAAGUGCUUAUAUCUCUGGGAUGGUAUUGGUCGUCUCCAGUGAAUUGGACUAGGGAAGCAGGCUGACCUACAUGCAGCAGGCCCUAUAUCCCAGAUAGAAUGGCAAGCCCUGAGGCAGCCAUCCUGCCCUUGCUUGCCCACUUACUGACAAGACCCAACCCGCCAAACUGGGUCGCUGGUGCCGAUACAGAGCAGACCUCUCCCUGUGUCCUUCAGCCUAAGGCGGGUUGAGCUGACAAGCUGGGCCCUCUCUGCCAGCAUAAGAUCAUUCCAGAAAGCCUGGGGUUUGAAGGGGUGGGGGUUGGGUGUCCCCACUACACGCGUGGUGUUCUGGGUCAGCGUCACAGCGAGAGAGUGGAAUGGCCCAAAUGAUGGUGGAGGCCUGCCAAUGGCCACCCGCAGUGACACACUCAGAAGUUUGUAGUCCAUGGACACAAAAUAAAUAUACAUUACACACUCAAGCACACAUAGGUCAUAAUUCACUAGAGGAUUAGCCCGAGGGUCACAUGUAUAUAUGCAUUUAAAUAAUGUCUACAGAAACGUGUGGACGUUUUCUGCAACUGGGUCACAAAUCCCUCAAUGUGUCCUAUUUCGCUACCACAAGCUAUGAGUGUCAUUCACAAAGACAUUCACAAUCACACUCUCACUGUCACACAUACACAGUGGCGUGUCAAAAUGCCAGCCAUCAGUUGCCCAGGGUACUGUGUUGUUUAGCACUGCUGUUCAAUUCGAAGACAUCUGCUGUUACAAGUGUGAGAUGCAAGCACCUCUUUAAAAGUACCUUUCACCUGCUGGCUAACACUGGUCGAAAGCCAACAUGCCCAAGGUUUGAGAGAGUGAUUACAGCUGCAUGCUUUAAAAAGAGCACUGCUUAGCAGCUCUGUUUGUAUAGGAAAUGGUUUAAAAUGGUGAGCCCUAUUCUCUUCAAACAGGGACCAUCUUAGCUCCCACUGCAUGACGGGGAGAGAGAGAGAGAGAGAGAGAGAGAGAGAGAGAGAGAGAGAGAGAGAGAGAGAGAGAGAGAGAAAGAAAGUGUCCCAACACCACAGGCCCAGCUUUCCACAGUCCAGAGACUCCCUCUACCGCAUCCAGAGGCGGCUUAAUCCAUCUAAAGAGAGCAACAGCCUUUGGCAGCACACACGCUGAGCUGUCCAGUACUCCUCCCAUGACUCCCUGAGGACUAAGCACACCGGUCAAACAGCAUUGGCAUGCGCUCACACGAGGUUCAGUCAACAGAAGUCUCACUGACUAAGUGUUGGGUUAGACCACACAAAUCACUCCACCUCAUCACAUCAACUUGAGGGUAGGGGGGUCCCAGCUGGGAAUGUGGAGGACAAAGAAAAAUCAUUCAUCAAUCGGAUGGUGUUUAUCUGAGAGAAAGAAGCAAACGGGUGCAAAUCGCAGCGGUUCACUUGCAGAACACUAAACAGAUCUACAAAAUACCCAAACCUUGAAGAGAGAGGGAAAAAACAGAGGUGAGAGAGAGCGAGAGAGAGAGAGAGAGAGAGAGAGAGAGCACAUGAGCGGGAGAGGAGAAAGAGAGCACAUGAGCGAGAGAGGGGAGAGGAAAGCAAGAAAGAGAGAGCACAUGAGCGGGAGAGGGGAGAGGGAAAGAGCACACAUGAGCGGGAAGGAGAGAGAGAGAGAGAGAGAGAGAGAGAGGGGAGGGGGCGGACACAGACGUACUAAAACCAAUGCAUCAAACCAAUGCACUGCUUGGAGUGUGAUGCGUCAGCAGUACAUUCACGUUUCCACUGAAGGACAAAAAGAAGAGCAGGCAUGUAAGCCUGCAUCCCGGGUGCCUGUUACUGCACCACGGAACAUAGCAAAAAAACAUCGGAGCACAGAGGGAGGAAGGUGGACUAACCCAGGGCUAGUGAGGUUCAAAAUAAAAAGGACAGAAAGGAGGGAGCAAGCGAAGAUGUUGGCAUGGGGAGCCCCUAUUCCCAAGCCUUAGCGCUCAUCCACCAGCUCGAGCAGGACAGCUGUGCAGCUGACAAUAGUGAGAGCUCCAACUCUGCACUGAGCUCAGGGCACUGCAGCGCUAUACGGUUACUUCUCUGAUCAACACAACGUCACAGACAGGGGGGAGAAACGCUCUCUCUUUUUUCUCUCAUUCCAGGGAGAGAGAGAGCGCACGCUCGAAAGCGGGAGAGAGCGAAGGAGAACGAGGCAGAGAGAGAGCGAUCGCUCUACAGUGAACGAGCCUUCUUACGGAGCUGCCUCUGCACUGGUACCCCCCUUUAUACCUUCCCUGGACUCUUGUCAUCAACUUCUUACAGAAAAAUUUAAGGAUUAUCAGGAAGCAUGUAGAAAGAACCCUGCAGCCUUCGCAGCGUGCAAGCGUGAGUGCACGGGGAAAGAACACGGAGCCACUUAAAAGAAAUGCGCUAAUGACCGCAGUGUCACCGUCUUUUCAGGUGGACAAGGAGCUGACAAAUCGAGCAGACAAAACAUACUGAGAGAGGAGACGGACAAAGUAAACAUGUGUGAGCAGUCCUCUAUGAAGACACAGGCAUUUGGUAGCAGCAUCAAGUGGAGGUAUCCAAGGACAAGCAUCUGUGGAUAGUUUGAGAGCGAGCGCUCCUAUAGGAGCCAAACUGGAGUGGUACUUUUGCCUGAAGCUCUGAAGCCCUGCAGAGCUGCUAAACGUCUCCUCGGAUGCUCCUCUGUGGAUUUAUUAGGGGCCAUUUUGGCAUUCAUCUCUUGUUUUCUGACAAAUGAAAAAAAGAGAAGAUGUUGCUUGUCGUGGGAAUAUAGGAAUUUGAGGGGAAAAAAAUCUAUUUUGUGAUUGCAAAAAUUGGACGUGUAAAACCUUUGAGGUAGGUGUUGAGCCUUUCCAACCCUUUUUUAUACAUAAAAUAUAUCCCCUCAUUUUAUUUGAUUCAUUACUCCUUGGCUUUUCAGUUCUCCAUUUUUACUCAAGUACUUGUCACUGAACGUUUAGCCUCCAGUUCAGUAAAUGGAAAAACAAUCUAGAGUGUUGUUUAACCCAGGGUAGGGCUUCAUUAGUCAGAGGUGAACCCCACCCCUUCCCCCCACUUACUACCCCCCUCUCCCCAACCACCAUCAUCACCCCACAACCCCACCCCCCAGACGAUGCUGAAUUAUGAAUGUGCCACAUCAUGAGUCUCCUGGGGCGGGUAGCUGUGCGUCGAGCCAGGAAAGCCGCCCUGCUCUGUGUCCUGUUCCUCAUGGUUCAACCGUGCAUGGAGGUGGCGGCCGCGGCAGGGCCCCAGGGCUGCCCGACUGAUUGCUCCUGCAACAACCAGCUCAGCAAGGUGGUGUGCACUAGGCGUGGGCUCACUCGUGUACCACCAGGUAUACCCAGCAACACCCGACACCUAAACCUGAUGGAAAAUGCCAUCGAGGCUGUGCAGGCCGACUCUUUCCGCAAUCUCCAUCACCUGGAGAUACUGCAGCUGGGCCGCAAUGCAAUUAGACAGAUUGAAGUGGGUGCCUUCAGUGGACUGACUAAUCUCAAUACACUGGAACUAUUUGAUAACCGGUUGACAGUGGUGCCAAGUGGGGCAUUUGAGUAUCUGUCCAAGCUGCGGGAGCUGUGGCUGAGAAAUAACCCCAUUGAAAGCAUCCCAUCAUAUGCAUUUAACCGAGUGCCAUCCCUAAUGAGAUUGGACCUGGGUGAACUGAAGAAACUGGAGUACAUCUCAGAUGGGGCCUUUGAAGGUCUAGUCAACCUCAAGUACCUCAAUCUGGGGAUGUGCAAUAUUAGAGGGGAGAUGCCCAACCUGACGCCUCUGGUUGGGCUCGAGGAUCUAGAAAUCUCUGAGAACCUCUUUCCUGAGAUUAAACCAGGUUCAUUCAGAGGACUAUCUUCACUCAAAAAAUUAUGGAUCAUGAACUCUCAAAUAGGGCUAAUUGAGCGAAAUGCAUUUGAUGACCUGGCCUCUUUGGUGGAGCUGAAUUUGGCCCAUAACAAUCUAAGCUCACUGCCCCAUGACCUCUUUACACCACUGAAAUUCCUGGUGGAAAUUCACCUCCACCACAAUCCCUGGAACUGUGGCUGCGACUCACUCUGGCUAGCACGCUGGCUACGCGAGUACAUACCGACGAACUCUACAUGCUGUGGGCGUUGUCACUCUCCUGCACACAUGAGAGGCCGCCAGUUGGUUGAGCUGGACCGAGGUGAUACAGGGGCAAUGCAGUGCUCCGCUCCUUUUAUCUCAGAUGCUCCAAGAGACCUGAAUAUUUCUGGGGAACGUGUGGCAGAACUGCGAUGUCGAACAGCAGCAAUGUCUGCUGUGCGAUGGCUCCUACCGAACGGGACAGUUCUAACUCACGCAUCAAGCCACCCACGGAUAACCGUGCUGAAUGACGGGACUCUGAACUUUUCAAACGUGCUAGCAGGUGACACGGGCAUGUAUACCUGCAUGGUGUCCAACGCGGCUGGAAAUUCCAAUGCUUCGGCCUAUCUAAACGUAAGUGCUGCUGAGCUCAACACGUCCAACCUCAGCUACUUAACCACAGUCACAGUGGAGGUGCUGAGCCCCGGAAAUGAAAUGCCCAAGCCUAAAUCCACCACGACUACAGCAGGUGAUAGCACCACUACGACGGCCUCACCAUCCGUCUUUCAGCCAGUUUUCAUCUCUACACCGACAGUACUGCUCCAGAGUACCGACACUCCACGAAAUCGCCCAUCUGUUGUACCUGGCUCAAAAUCGACGACAGGAAAACCGCCCAACCCAGCCAGUACCAGUCUGGAUGAGGUGAUGAAGACAACAAAGAUCAUUAUCGGUUGUUUUGUGGCAGUAACCUUGCUAGCAGCAAUCAUGUUAAUUGUAUUUUAUAAACUACGAAAGCGGCAUCAGCAGAGGAGCACAGUGGAUGCAGACAGAAGUGUGGAGAUUAUUCAGGUAGAGGAAGCACCGGCAUCUGCUGCCAAUAUGGCAGAGGAGGGGGGACGGACUCUACCAGAGAUAAGGGAUCAUAACAUUAUUUACAAACUGGACUACAACACCCACAAAUCUGAUUAUGGCUACAAACCAAAACUAGAAUGCAGUACCCAUAAAGCAAAGGAUGAUUUCGGCAUCCACAUACAUAAAUCAGACUACAACACCUACAAACCUAAAACAAACUAUAUGCACCAACCUACUUUGGAACACAUCUCUUACAAAAUGACGGACUGUACACACAAGUCAUUGCCAGAUUAUUACGUACACAAAAAAGAUGAGCAGAGCCCCUACAAACAUGGAUAUAGUUCUCAAAAACCUGAAUACAAAUCUCAUACUCCUAAACCAGACUUCAGUCCAUUCAAACCAGACUACGGUGUUCCAAAAUCCAAAACGAACUACAAUAUGCCCAAGCUCAAAUCUGAUUGCAACCCCUUCAAGACAGACAGCAGCUUUUUUAAACCUGACUUCAAUGCUUUCAAGUCAGAGUUCAGCUCCCUCAAAAAAGAAUACGUCAGUUGUGACUUCAGCCCUCACAAAUACAAAAUGGAUUACAGUCCUCAAAACGUGGACAACAGCCCACAUAAGAUCGACUACAGCACCUUGAAACCCAAAUACAACACUUACAAGCCACCGGGCCAUGGUGCCAAAUGGACAGAAAGCAACAGCAUUGGAAAUUCUUUGCCUCGAACCUUGCCCAGUGCUAUCACAGAUUCUCCUGAGGACCGUGUUAAAAAAACUCACACCAAGGAGAAAGUACAAGAGACUCAGAUAUAGUCUGGCCCACAACAAAUCCGAACCUCAGUCAAAAUGACUCUCUCUCUCCCUAUAGGCCCACCCUCACAUGAGCAUUAAAACAUGCAAUAUAAUGCACAAAAGAUGAGAAAAAAAAAAGACAGGAACCACUUUUUUUUGUACAGAGUGCAAUUCUUAAAGACUGAUUGUUGUUGUACAUGCUUAUAAAUAAAUAUAUAUGGAAAAACUGAAACUACCAUGGGCUGGUAAUAGAAAAGCAGAUUAUAUAAAAAAAAAAUUGAAAUUAUUUUUUAACUUAUAACUCCUAUUUAAAAGAUGAGUUGUUUUAAGACGCUUUACAGAAUUUAAGAUAUGAGGGUAGUCUUGUUUAAAAGGGCAUUCUGUGUGAUUUCUAAACAACGCUACAGAGAAUGCAGUGGAAAAAUACAAAAAAGAAAAAAAAACAUUUAUACUGAGAAGUCUUUCUUUUAAAAAACAGAACAGUAAAAGGUCAGUGUUGAUCUUUGCAGGUUUAUCUUGUAAAAGCACCAUAAAUUUGUACUGUGCCAAAUGUUACAAAUGCAAUAAAAGGAUUUUUGGAAGAAAAGAAAAAAGAAGAACCAUUAAUUUUUUUUCUCUCUCUUGAUGUACUGUUGCAAUCAGCCAAAUGCUUUAGACACUGCAGUAGAGCUCACUGCAGUUCUGCUUUAACCCUCGGAGUGCUGGUUGCCGCUUAAGUCUAAAGGCUGGGCAGAGGCUGCUUUUCUCCCUUUUUCUUUUUACUUUGUAUGCUUUUCAGUGCUGCAUUGGCUUAACUGAGCUUACAUAUAAUUUAUUGGUGAUAUGCUAUUUUACAUCACAAGAGAUGGCUUGUUUAAAAACUUACAUAUUUCACUGCAUUAUUUCCAAAGUUCUGCUAUUAGCGUCAGGUAAACAUGAUAAUGAGGUUGUUGCACGUUGUUGUCGUCUGGACAAUUAAUGCCUGCGGAAGGCUUCAAAAUAUAUUAAAAUGGUGAGGUCUGCACAAAAAAAGCUGGCCUGCCUUCCCCUUUAGCACUUAAGAACAGUCUGGUUAAAAAUAAGUGGUUAAGCAAUCUGAAAAACAUUCGGAUUGAAGCAUCCAUUUCUAACAAUGUUUUUACUAGAACUGAGCGAUGCGUGUACAUAAAACAUGACGCACAAAAAUUGUCUUGAUAAAUUCAGGAUUUUUUUUUUUUUUUUUUACCAGCAAUUUCCUCUGCACGUUGCAAUCCAAUGCAUUAGACUUUGACACCACAUGGACGGGAAGUUUUCAUAAAUCAAGCAGAUUCUGUAUGGUCGUAAGAGGUGCGUCAUGACAUAUCGCACAGGCUUUUAAGGUUUGACUGCGACGUGUACAUUAUUGUGUUCCUCUCACUUGUUCAGAAAGGCUUGUUUAAGUGUCAGCAAGUGCUUUUUACCAUGGCUAAUUGAAAUGCAAUAAUAAGAAAUAAGGAACAGUAGAAAAAAAUGAGGUCAUAAAUUGAUGGUAUAUUAGAGGGUAAUAAAAUAACAUGUUUGCAUUGCAGGGCAUAUUGGCUGAGUGCAUACAGGCUGUCUAGGAGAUUUAAGCUGAUUACAUGAUAAUUGAUCCAGCUCACACAGACACAUCCCUCACAUAAAGUUGGGACAUCUGGCCACAGUGAGACCCAGUACCCACUGUACGCCUAGACAAAAAUGCAAGCACGCACACACACAAAACAAAAAUGAAUCUGGCUUUAGGCUGUGCAGCGCCCCAGUUAAGACCAGUCUCACGCUCUUUGUAUCUGCGCUUUUAAAAAAAAAAAAAAGUCAACAGGAGAAGUAUUUCUGUAUACAAUGUUUUUGUCAUUAAUUUAGGCUGUCUGUCAAAGUGUAGGGUAUGUUUGCAGCACAGACCUCGAUUCAGUGGUAGUUUGGGGAAUUGUGGUUAAUUACAGAGCUGUAAGAUAUAACUAUAUAACCAUUUUAAUUCAAACAACUGAUGUCAAACAUUAAAAGCAAAAUUAUGAGCUACAGAUGGUCACUUGAGCAGAUCUUAAUGGGGAAGUGAGAAAUUUCAGCACCACUAGGGGCACCAAAUGAAAUCAAGUAUUAAUGAUUUUCCCCUCAAAUAAUCCUGAUUUCAAUCUCUCACUGUUUGGCCAAACACUGUAGGUUGAGGAGUACAUUUGAAUUUGUUUCUGCACAGUUACUAUGGGUAUGAAAAAGUAUUAAAACAUAACACAUUAGUAACUGCUGCCCUUAAAGUGUGUGGUGUUUUUUUUUUUACACAAAUAUAUUCAGGUAGAGUACCAUUUUAAUCACAACAUAUUUUACAGCUUAUAACCUUUGUUCUGGUGUCUUCACAAACAAAGCCUUUGUUGCCGCAAUAACUUUAAAAACUGCAAUUACAGUCAGUGAGCGCUGUUUAUGCAGCUGAACGUCAGAGCUAUAAUUGCCAGUCUGGUUUUAAUGGAGCAUUGUAUAUUCUUGAGCGAGCAGGAUAUAAGAGCAGAGAAAGAGAAUAAAGGAAGAGGCCACAUUCUGCCGAAGGGGUUUGAGGACCCUUCAUGCUCUUCAGCCCACUGAUGAGAAAAAGCGAUCCGCAUUCACCAAACCAGACUGCAGUGUGGCUCAUGAGGCGGACAUUUACAAUAACAUAUCUGCUCAAACACAAGUGGGAAUAAUAGAGAGGUUGCUGAUAAGAAAUGACAUGGAAGAGAAGUGGGGGGUUAGGUCGGUGAAAACGUUUCAACAAUCACGAGCAUAUAUUGCAUAUACGUAAACAAGCAAACGUGUGAAUCAAAUGAGAAUGACAUUUAGAAAGCAAAGGACUAGAAAGUGCAAAGAUGCAGCAGUACGAAAGAGAGGAGAGGGAUCUUAGAGUGAAAGCAUGUGGCAAGAGUACCAACUAGAGCAGAAGAGAGGAAGGUUACGGCUAUGAUGACAGGACUAUAACAGUGUAGGGGUAAAAUUUGAGGGAAGGUACAGAAAGAAUGUAGGUAGUUAGGCCAGUGAUGGAUCAACCCAAAAUGAGGGAUCAGAUGGAGUCAGAAACCUGGUUAUACCUCACAGAGAGGGUAUGAAUCCAAGAUCAUCUACUGUUUGGGCUCAUUUCUGGUGCUUAAAAGGGUCAUUAACAGUUUAUUUCUGUCCCCCAUACAUAAGAGAUGUGUUCUAUUUAUUAGGGUAAUUAAAAGUGAAAGCCAAGGCCGAUCAAAUGGCUAAUAUCAGGCCUAAUCUCUACUUGGCUAAAGACAGGAACUGUAAAUAACUUAAUUCCAGUUUCAUUAAUCUUAAGUGAUUUUAAAGACAUAUUGAGAAAAAAGAAAUUCUAUGAUACACUUUAAAAAGUAUUUUGGCAAGAAUGUUUAAAUUAUUAUAAAGUCUAAGAGACUGCAAUUUGAUCCAAUAACUAUUAUUUAACUACACUCUGUAUUACUAUAGUUCGAAUACAAAAAAAAAAAAAAAGUGGCACCAUUUUUUUAUUUUGUUAGUUUGUAUAAAUGCUGCAAAUCUUAGGCAUGACAUAACCGCAAAAUGUAUGCUUUAAACUAUAAGAACCAACUCAUAAUAGCCAUUGAGUUAAUCUUGACUACUCUGAUCAUGCUUAAGUAAAAAUAAUAAUACUUGUUUUAAAAGAAUCAUUAAUUUGAGAAUCAUAGAUUCGGUUAAAAUGUUGUUUAUAAAAUAAGUUCUUACAUCUUGUGCCAAAAGUUUUGAAAGUGAACUGUAGUGAUAGUAUCAGCUCCAAAAUCUAUAAACAGCAUCAUCAACAAAAGUAUAUUAUAUAUUCAUUUCUUUUUGAUUUUGAAUAAUAAUAAUAAUAUAAAAAAAACAAAACAUCAGCUCUACUUUAAGAUAGUUUUUUCAGCCCAUGCAACUCAUGACCUUGGCAUUGCUAACGUCAUCCUAGUUGAGCUACAGGAACACAAGUUGUCACUUCUAACAAUCCAUGUAUAUUUAUAAUCUGCCUUGUACAUGAAUACUGCUUAGUUUGCUUUGGUUUGUAAGGAAAUAUUUGCACAUUCUUACAUUAUUUGCCAAAACAGACCUUUUGCAAAAGCUAAUAGAGCAUUUGUCAUUGUCUGACCUUCUCGUUGGCGGUCCAAAGAGAGUUCCUGAACAGAUGUUAACUGGCUGCACUUCUGUCUGGGCCUCAGUUUUGGCCGAAAAUAAAAGAAGUGGCUUUAUGAAGGCAACUGAAGGCCACUAAAUGAAUGACAGCACAGUUAUUCACCGUGUUGUUAGGUUUUGUUCUGUUUGUACCCUCGCCCAUAAAGGGGGAGAAGAGGGUCCAAUUAACCAUGAAGUAAACACCGGGAAAGCAGUGCUGGGGUACCAAGUCACCCAUCAUUAAUUCAGAUGCCACCGACUACGGUAAAUGGCCGGUGUUCACAGAUUCUGUCUCACCGUUUGUUAAACUCCAAGCUGGCAUACUAAAGCACACUAGCACUUAAAAGAAGCAAACACAAAGGCAUAGACGCUCUAUAUCUUCACACAGUCGCAAAUCAAGUGACUCCUCGGACAAAUAAUACUCACUUCGCAUAAAGACCACCAUAAAAAUCAUUAUGUGUGCUUGAAGACCAAAAACACAGAACAAGGGUUCUCGGUAGACAACGCAGGUAGUAAAACUGUCAGCACGCACACACCAGCACAGCCCUUGGUGAGUGUUUAAAGUAGAAAUCUAUCUGAGGUUUAUAGGCCGCUCUCCAUGGCACAUUUGCAUAUCUCUUUGGUGCCAUUUCACAUUCCUCUGGUGUCGUAUGGGUUUUUUUGUGCCAGCCUGUUCCAUUUUAACUUCAUGCAAAUGGCAGUAGCUUGAGGAAGAAUUGUGCCCCCUCCGUCCUCAACAUGUUUAAAACGUGACCCAGAGGGCAUGUGCUUCAGAUGCAGGAUGCUGGGUUGAACACAAGUACUGCAGCAAAAUGACUCCAUUUGGUGCACUUUGAAUUUUUUUUCCCGAUGACUGACAUUGCUCCAGCGACUUUAAAAAAGGUGAAAUUAAACAAUGUGGAUGCCCAAGACAGUAGUUAUCAAACUCCUCCUGAUUCAGAAUGUAAAAGUGGCAUAAGCUCAUGGUUACAGGCAAAAAAAGAAGGAUAAGAAAAGAAGGGGGUAGAAGGUGAAAAAAGGAGCAUGUAAAAAUACUGGCCGUUUGGAAUGCGGUCUUAGAUUUUACGUUUAUUUGUUGCUAUGAACAAAUCUAUGAAAUCUGGGUCUUUAAAAACAAAACUACCAUUCCUCUGAAUAUUUUUACCAACAGGCUAUGCGUGCCAAAUUAAUUGCCACAUUUUUUUACAUAUCAAUGAUUGAGAAUGCAAUGGAUGGGGGAAUAUUAACCAGGCUGGUGCAUUAUGGGAUUUGUAGUUCUAUAAAAGCUUUAAUGAUCAUUUUAUCUUAUUUAUUGUUACCAUUUAGGAUGCUGUGUAUAAUUGCUUAAGUGUAAAUGCUGUAUUCAAGGUGAUUGAUUCAAAUCCAAUAUAUCUGGAUACAGUGAGAGCAUUUAUACAAUUCUCAGAUGGUUUUAUGAGCACACAGGCAGUCUCUAGUUUUUAAAGGACCCGCAUAAAUGCUUUUAAAAAAAAAAAAAAAAAAGUCUAAAUGAAAUUGUUUGAGAAACACAAAUGUGACCCGUCACGGAAACCAAUGACACAAGUCGGCAGCACAACUUUCGAGCUAAAUGAGAAAGCAGCGUUUUUUUUUCGAAAUUGCUGAUUUUCGUUUUUUUGCAGAAUCUGUUAGUUGAGAUCACAAAGAAGCCUCUCCGUGUUUAAGAUAGCAGUAUUGGUAUAUUUAAAAGCGUACAUUUUGAGGUUGAAAUCAGCUAGUUUGUCGGAGAUUCUAGCAGUAGGGCGUUUCAUUGUCUGUCUGUAUUUCCAUACUGGAUAAGCCGGCUUUUGUUUCUUUUGUUAUUGCCCCCGCCCUCCGAGGGACACAUGGCUACUUAGUAUGCAGCGCUCUGGCCGGCUGUAGCUGAUAUCAAAAUUCAGUUGAAGAUGUACGCCGCAAAGAUGAACGCAGACGAGCUGAACCGUGGCCGUUACACCGAAAAUGCUUUGAAGUACUUCUUCGACAAGCCGGAUGCUUAUAAACAAGCGCUCACUGAUUCUGAAGACGAUCUGAGUGACGAUGAAAGCGGCAUAAUAAGACUGUAUAAUAUCCCUAAUCUACAACUGAGCGAAGAUGACGAGGAAGAAUGUAUUGGACUGGCGUCAGACGAGUUGGACCGUAAGAUAUCAGAGGCUAUAUCGAUAGUAACAUUUGAUGGGGAUAAAGACAGAGAAAUGGGGAAAAUCUGUAACAUUUAGAGGCAAACAGACGCACAGUGCAAACUUCGGAUCUAAAAGAAUACUUUUCUGUUUCUUAUGGGGUGAGUUUUCAUAAACAUCAAAGUUUGUCGUUUUGUGUUCAUUCUAAGAACACAUACACGUUAUCUCAUGUUUAGUCCAUGUUUAGACCUUCCCAUAUCUACCUAUUGUUAUUAGUUAGCUCAUCGGUUAUCACAGAAUCCUGUUAAAAAAGUCCUAAUGCUACACAAUGAAAUCAAUUCACCAAGUUUUAUGUAGAAAACCAGCAAAUAACAAAUAGAAUUAGGAUAUGUACUUUUUGUUAACAUAAACAUUUAAAUAAUAACAUUAAAAAUGAUGCCCACAUUUUAAAGAUUAAAGAUUUUUUAUAAAAAGAUAAAACUCACAUAUUUCAGCCUCUAAAUCAUUUUUAUAAAAGUCAAAAAAGAAAAAUUACUGACAUUUACAAUGCACAUUCUCCUUUAUUAUUAAUAGUAUGCCGCCCGAUUUUUCCCGUUGUGUCUGUCGUUGCUCUGCAGGGGGUAUGGCUUAUCUAAAUGGGAUGUAAAUGAGCCCCAUUGUCACUAGCAGCAGUGAGAACUGCACGAUCUUUAAAGGCUAUUUUCUGCUUUUUGUGGUUUUUUGAGUGCCUACAUUCAAAUGGCCACAACUUCUCCAAAUAUUAUCCGAUUUCCAUUUGUUACACAUUGUUGGAAAGCUUGGAGACCACACUUUUAGAAUCACUCAAAAUGCCCCAGAACCGACUUGUGUCCCUACUUUCCGUGAUUGGUCACAAAUGAGUAUUCAAAUCCUUUAUAAAGUCUUAACAGCAAGGCUACGCAAAAACGUUUCUCACACACAGAACAAUGCAAGAUGGAGAAUGUGAACAACAGAGAAAGUGUUUAUCAGGUCAACAUGCUGAGAGCAGCAAAACUCAUUUUUUGCUACUGUCAUUAAAAAAAAAUCUAAUGUUUCGUAAAAAGUAUGCAUAGUAUCGACUCUCGACUCUUAAUUAAUUAUGUACUGUUAAGUCUGUAUGAAUUCAAUAUGGAUGUACUAUAUUUGCCAUACUGGAAACAUCAAGUUACCUACAACCAAUGGUGAUUUUUUUUUUUUUUUUUUUUAUCACACUGCAUCUACUCCCCAAAAGAUGCAAUACAAUACCUUAGAGUAGUAAUAUAACCAUUACUGUAUUACUAUUAACCUUUUAGAGGUAAUUAAGUUACAAGAUGCCACAGUGUCAAGCUGGUGUACCACCUUAAAGUACAAUUUCUCUAGAAAUACAGCUAUAAAAACAACAAAGUAGCGUUUGACAAAACACAGAUUAGCUGCGUUGUUUUUUUGUUUUUUGUUUUUUACAUAGGAGAGAAAAUUCGUAUUAUGUUGGUUUGAUGUUAUUCAAACAGCUUUAAAAGUUUGAGAUUUUGGGCUUUCCUCUCUUAAGUGGAUAGCAGCUGUGCUUUAUACCCAUUAGCUAGAGAGAAAAAAGCUCCCUGGGGUGUUGCCAAUAUGGCCGUCGAGUGAUCUAACUUUGCUUCCGGUGAUCGACAGACACUAUAAUGUCUGCUCAAGACGUUUAUGUUCGUCUCUUUGCCCACAGCUCUCAAAAUAGGCUUCCUUUGGCAAUCCUGCAGGGAAAAAAAGACACAUCCGAUGCGUCCUUGCAUCAGCAUUACCAGACUUUAAAAGUUCAGAGAGAAAUCUCACCGCACCUGUCAAUGAAAAGAGUGAAAAGCAUUUAAAACCCAAUGUCUAUCAGGAAAGAAAAAUGUUACCAACAGGGGGCGCCACUUAAGAUGAACAUCAGUACUAACUUGUUUACAUUCACCUGUGACAUACUAAUUAAAUUAAAGUGCGGCAAACUAGUAGAUACGCUUGACACGAGCCACGUCUCCGAAGUGGGUCAUAUUUCAGAAUACGCUGAAAGGCACAUGCACUAAUCAGCAGGCAUUGCCCUGAAGGAAGCGGCGCACAAAUGCAGCCCAGGGCAGCCUGACAUUUCCUGGCUGAUGGAGGUUAGCACCUGCUAAAUCAGCUCAGGUGACAGCACGGCGAGCGGCAGCGGCUUCGUUUCUAGAUGGGAGCGCUGAUGCCAGGAGUGCCAGAUACAUAGAGUAGAUUAAUACAGGCAUAAAUCUGAGCCAGCAAUCCUAGAGGCUUCUGGGAAAUGGAAAAGAUGCACUUGAUGCAUAGACUAUGCCAGAAAGGGGUCAUGCUUACACCAUUUUCCAUUUUAAGAUGGCCAGCAAAACUCUGUAAGAACACAGACUUGGCUUGCCGUACACCUGUGCUAGCUCAAAUUCCACGCUUCUCCUGCAGAACAUAAACAUCAAGAGCUUAGCCCCCAGGCCCGUGGCGCAAGAUGCGUCCAGUGCCAGGUUUCGCGUGCCACGCUGGCAGACGGCGCAAGUUGUGUGCGCAAGACGCUCGGAUAACGUUGGGCAUCUCGCUGGCAUGCGGCAGGGGUGAAUCGAGCAGCCCUGGCACAUGGCUCACCUCCCAAUUCUGCUGGCACGAUGCACGCAAACGCAUCUAGAUCAUGACAAACACAGCCAUUAGCAGCCUGUUAGAAGUGCAGAAAAGACAAAGCCUCAGAGGCAAAUGUACCUGUGGGGAUGAACACAAAGCUAACUAAAUCACUUUAAAGAGGUGAAAAAGAACAGGACGGCCAAAUUCCAGCCAUAUCCUGGCACAGGAAUGCGUUGGAGAAAAGCAAUAAAGAGAGAAAAAAAGGGCAAUGUCGUUCUUCUGGCCAUACCUAGUGAGCAUCUUGCUGUCAGUGUGCACUCUGCAGUUAAGACGGCUUUCUCUGAAGCUCCCUGCUCAGGCGUGAAAAAGCUCCAUUUCAGAGUUCUGGCUGGCGGAGCCACAAAUGCACACGCUCCUAAUGCUCUCAUUAGUGUAAUUGAGCAAAAAUGUCAGCAUAGCUGCAGCUAUUUCCAUUUUCUUUUUUAAGUUGUGCAGAACUCAUUUAUAGGCGCGGACUGGAACACAGAUGAUGAGAAGACUUUCAGAAGCGCGAGCAUGUUUUUUGCGAACCCAUUUGUGUGAAACCGGUGUUCUUUUGUUUAGCACUUUAAGAGACCGAUGCGUUUGCCAUUAAUACUUGUAUUAUUAUCGUGCACGCUGCAUCGCUAACAGACUCAGAACAGAGAACUAUUUGGAUUGGAUUAACAACCGCUAUGAUUUAGACCAUAUGAUCUCUCUUUUUUGGCAAUUACCCUUGAUAGCUUUGCCUUUUGCAGUCAAUAGUGCUGCUGGAAGUUUAUGCCUUCAAGUAUCAGAAAGUAAUGUGUAAUGUUGGGUCAGCCAUCUUGUUAAUGUGACUUCACACAGCUCUUGUUCUGCCUAAAGGGAGAGCUAUGAGACCAUUACAGGCUUAGAUAUACACUUAUGCAGGACAACAGUAAUUGAACAAUCAUCCGUGACAAACUUCUAGGCAUUACAAUAACAAAACCACAUUGACCCAGACACUUUACUACAAACACACCCCAAUGAACUCUAUUCUCUACUAUAUCACUAAAUACUUUCAGAUAUGUGCCACUAUUCAGUAUUAACAUUAAUAUCAUAUUUGCAUUAUGAAUUUCUCUAUUAUUGAUUAUAUUCUACUAUAAUGUAACAAAUUCCAAAGUAAACUAACACAAUAUUUAGCAUCAAAUAAUUUUAUGCAACAUGUGCAUACCUAGAACAGAAAUAUCAGACGUUAAUAUAAUCGAUAUAAAAGUUAUUUUUCAUACUGAAACUGAAACUUAUUGGAACAGUAGUGUGCAAACUUUUUUCCUACCUCAUGACAUGGUUGUCAGCAUUAAAAGGGUAUUAUUGCUGCUUUUUGCAAUGCAAAUUUUGCUUGAGAUGAAAAUAACAGUAGGCUACAUUCGAUACUUUUCGUAAGGAUUUCUGCUCAUUUGAAAUCAGAUAGAUGAAUUAGCACUGUAUUAGGCUAAAUUUGUUUGAAUGCAUUAUUGAGAGAGUGAGUGCAUGUGAAUAGGUGUUGUAGUAACUUGAUUAAAACAUGCUUUCAGCUGAAAAUAUCUAUAUCUAGAAGAAACAAAUUCCUUAAGUACUAGAACUUCCCGCUCAUGUCCAUUGUCGUCAUCAUAGCCAUCACAUUCUUUCUCAUUCGACUGAUACUUCAUCAAACUAGCUAAAUAUGUUUAACGUGAAUUCUUGCUAAAUAUGCAGUUAAGUUACGGGUUGUUGGCAUGAACUGCACUUGUGAUGGAGCACUCUUGGAGCAAAUGAAAUCCACAAAAUCACACCGCUCCCUGCUCCCACUCUGCUCAUACACUUUGGACAGAGUAACAUGGUGGAUAUCGCAUUGUGUAAAAAAAAAAAAAAAAAUAUAUAUAUAUAUAUAUAUAUUAAAAAUCAAAAAUAAUCUUCAUCACCAACUGUAAUAUGUACAUCUGAAACAAAUCUGAAAUCGAAAUAAUUUGUUCAAUGUUAAAAAAUAAAUAAAAUAAAAAGUCCCUGCACAUUUAAUUGAAUUUCUAGGGCAUUAACAGUUUGUGUAGUAUUCUUGCUGCUAUGACCCUGAAUUAAAGUGAUCAAGUAAUCUUUUCUUUACACACUAUUAGAAGAAAAAUCAAGCCGAUUUGAAGCUCUACAGAAGGAUUUUGUCCUGCCUGCCCUUCUUCUCGAGCCGUGUGGGGUGGGGGAAUGCUGACGUUGCGUGGAAUAUUAGGCCCUCUCCUCUGGGCUGACAGGGUGUCCUGUCUGCCAGAAGAGGUCAGGCAUUGUGCUGGAGUAAGCUACUGCAGGAUUACACUCCCAGAGCUGAUUCCUGAGGAUAGAACGGCCCCAGGGCCCACAGCAGGGACUAGAACUUCACUCACACACCUGAAAUGUGAAACACACUUGCUUCAUUCUGUACACACUUUAAUUAGCUAGAAAAGUUGGAAUACCCAUGAGCAAGCACACACGGGGAGUUAAGAGACUGCCGGAAUGAAGGAGACGAAAAGGGAUGGGAAACGUGAUCAAAGGAGAGGAGGAGGAGAUGCAGAGUGAAACGAGGAGAGAAUGCAAUGGUGUUGAUCAAACACGGGAGGGGAAGAGGAAGGUUGGCUUGUGGAAAUCUGUGCAUGCGCGUGUGUGUCUGUGUGAGAGAGAUGACAGCUGUCAAGUGUGAAUGGGCCAAAGGAGAGACCAGGAUGAGGCUCCCAUGGCAACCAACAACCUGAUUGUCAUGGGAGCCAUUCAAUUCGGCGCUAGAAGCUCCUAUAAAUCUUCCACCUUUGGCUGCUCAUCACAUAAACACAUUUACACAUGUAUAAACAAGCAUUAGCCCAACAGCUCUUUAGUAGAUAAUGGCCCCUUCACACACAACGGCACCUUUCAGAAAGGCAUAAUAUCUCAAUUCUUCUCAAAAUGAGGAGGAAUCGCCACAGGUUUUCACACUCAACCACUGAAGGAGGUAAAUAAAACUCUAGAUAGACCACAAUAACACAGUUCGAUAUCACUGAUUAAAAGAUUACGCUUGCACUGCAUGAGCAUGAGCCACUGGAAAAGAGAAAGGCAGUGAGAUGAGAGGACGGAAAUGGUGAAGGGCGUUACAUCAACGCCGCUGUGCUGUUUGAUUCCCUCAGCAAUUACAACAAUUAUCACUCUGUUCUGUCACUCCAUCUGAGGCUCGAGCUAAAGACCGUCUUGAAAAAACUUGAGGAGUGAGGAACAGAGAACAAUAAAGCUGCUAUGAGUGUGUGUGACACGAGACAGUAAAGUCAUGUCAUAAAGCAGCUGAGAACGGUGUGCCGUCUGGAUUACAGCAUUGAAUCAGUUUAGCAGCCUUAUAAAACACAAGCGCACUAACACGUAUGACCAGCUACAGGUCCACGGGUCGAGGGCAGGAGUGUGAAUGAAGACUAACUUAAUCGCUUUCCAUCUCAAGGCCACUUCACCUCAGGAAGCUGCUCAAAGCUGGAGCUCUGAAAGGGGUCACGGCGGAAAUGGCUCUCUUACAAAAUCUAGUGAGCUGCACACCAAGAUCAGCAUUUCUGAGAUUCGUCGUCACGUCUGAAUGUUUUUAAAACAUGUUUUGAGAUCCAAAUCCAAGUAUGAAAUGAAAAACUAUUUUAGAGUAGAACAUACACUAAUGUUCAAAAGUUUGGGCCUUUACUUUUUUUUCUUCCUUGGAAAAAACAUUCUACAUAGCUAAUCCUACCCAAUACCUAAAGUUAACAACUCCUUUACUUAGCAGCAAAUUGGGAGUUUAUUGAGACAAAGUCAGUUAAUGAUUUGUAAAUAGCAAAAACUGGACCUUAAAAUAAAAUAGAAACCAUACACACCAGUGCUAACCACUGAGCCAGGGAACCUUGUAUGAAACGAAUGGAUUGCCAUAUAAACAAAAUAAAAAGCCUGUAUUGGAUGAAAUGAGCCCUGAGACAGGAAGUUUAAGGGGAAAUGGUU